GCCUCCACAUUGUCUCCAACAUGCAGCAUCGGAUCCGAUGGUCAUGAUGCGUCUCCCCCGCAACUCCAAUGGCUUUCCUCACGGCCGAGGUUAUGUCCAGUCGUUGACGCCGACUUCUUUCUUCUUCUUCUUCUUCUUCUAUUUACCGCCAUCUCAUACUCACUCACUCAUUGCGGGACAUCAUUGAAUUAUCACCAUGUCGACCCCUUUCAUCAGAAUAGCGCCCAAUGCGGCCAAACGGGCAGCUUCCCUCCUGAGAACUGUGCAAUACACCCACCCUCCCUCCUGUCCUUGCCAUUCCAACCCCGGAUACCACCAGAAUCAGCAUCCCUCGUCACUCCUCAGCCACCUCAAGGACACACGUCGUUAUGUCACGCCUGCCGGGGCCGAGCAGAAGGAAUAUGCGUUCGAGAUGGCUGCCUCAUCUAUCCGAUUUGGUCCAGGCGUCACCAAGGAAGUCGGCAUGGAUUUCAAGAAUCUAGGUGCCAAGCGGGUCUGCGUGGUGACGGACAGGACGGUGGACAAGCUGGAUGCCAUGAAGCAGGUGCGGGAGGGCUUGACAAGGGAGGGCAUCGAGUUCAGGGUCUUCAGCAAUGUCAAGGUUGAGCCCAAGGACCAUUCCAUCAAAGAGGCGAUCGAAUGGGUCAAGCCCUAUGGGCCGGACGCCUUUCUCGCCGUGGGUGGCGGUUCAGUCAUGGACACGGCCAAGCUGAUGAACCUCUACUACUGCUACCCCGAUGCCGACUUUCUUGACUUUGUCAAUGCACCACUGGGCAAGGGUCGCCCAAUUGACAAGCCCCUCAAGCCUCUCAUCGCCGUACCCACGACAGCCGGCACCGGCAGCGAGACCACAGGCACAGCCAUCUUCGACCUUGUCUCCAAGCGCGCAAAGACGGGCGUCGCGCAUCGCAACCUGAAACCUACGCUGGGUAUCUGCGAUCCAAUCAACACGAGGACAAUGCCGGCCGCUGUCAAGGCGAGCUCAGGACUGGACGUCUUGUGCCAUUCACUAGAGUCUUAUACUGCCAUCCCGUACUACGAGCGAACCCCACGCCCAACCAAUCCCAUCAACCGUCCGGCAUAUCAAGGCGCAAACCCCAUCUCCGACGUCUUCUCUUUCCAUGCCCUCAAGAGCACCAUCAAGUACCUCCCCCGCGCGAUUCGCGACCCAGAUGAUUUCGAGGCGCAGAGCGAGAUGCUCCUCGCCGCUACACUGGCUGGCGUCGGCUUCGGCAACGCGGGCGUGCACCUGUGUCACGGCAUGUCGUACCCCAUCUCUGGACAGAACCCGGGCUACAGGCAUAAUGGAUACGAAAUUGACCAUGACCUGAUCCCUCACGGUGUCUCGGUCGCGGUCUCAGCGCCGGCCGUCUUCCGCUUCACAGCGCCCUCGAACCCCGAGCGCCAUCUAGCAGCCGCCGAAGCCUUUGGCGUGGAUAUUUCGAAUGUGAAGCAUGAAAGCGCAGGCGAGGUGCUGGCCGAUGCGAUUACCAAGUUCUUGGCGGACCUGGGUGACCAGCCUAAAGGUAUUAAGGACCUGGGUUUCUCCAAUGGAGAUAUCGAAGCGCUCGUGGAAGGCACACUGCCACAGCAUCGUGUGAUCAAGCUGGCGCCUGGCUUGGAAACGGAGUUGGAGGCCGAGAAGGAUCAGUUGAGGCGGCUGUUUGAGGACGCCAUGUCGCAUUGAUUGUGUAGAGGCGAGGCUGUGCUCAUGUUUGGGAGAGAGUUGUAUCAAUGUGAAGAAAUAGCUUAAUCCUCAUGUGGUGAGGACAGCGCACGCUGCAUGGCGGGAACGUGAUGCCCGUGACUGAAGCUGAAUAUCCGUCGACAAAUUGCGUAGGGCAGCACGGUGCGCCAGCUAAGACAAUCUUAAGCGCCCAUCACUU